AUGGAGCUCAGGGCCCUCAAGACUCCCGAGGAUGGGGACACAGAGGAGGACACAGCCAUGGCCCUGAAGAGGCUAGUGGAACUGACAGCCUGCAGGGUGACAUCGGUGAGAAGCCUGCGUGUCCAGUACCGUCUCAUCCGAAAGCUGGGUUCCGGUUCCUAUGGCCGUGUGCUCCUAGCCCAGCCUCGCCAAGGGGGUCGAACUGUGGCCCUUAAGCUUCUCCCGCGGGACUCAGUCCUGAGAACAACUUUCCUGAGAGAAUUCUGUGUGGGCCGCUGCGUCUCUUCACAUCCAGGCCUGCUGCAGACCCUGGGAAGGCCCCUGCAGACACCCCGACAUUUCGCCUUUGCCCAAGAGUAUGCACCCUGUGGGGACCUCAGUGGAAUGCUCCAGAAGAAGGGACUUCCAGAGCUGAUGGUGAAGCGAGUAGUGGCCCAGCUGGCCGGAGCACUAGACUUCCUUCACGGCCGGGGGCUAGUGCAUGCAGAUGUCAAGCCGGACAAUGUGCUAGUCUUCGAUCCUGACUGCAACAGAGUAGCCCUAGGUGACUUGGGUCUGACCCGACCUGAGGGCAGCCCGACCCCUGCUCCCCCAGUGCCUCUGCCCACAGCACCUCCUGAACUCUGCCUCCUGCUGCCACCGAACACACUGCCCCUGAGGCCAGCCGUGGACUCCUGGGCCCUGGGCGUGCUUCUCUUCUGUGCUGCCACAGCCUGCUUCCCUUGGGAUGUAGCACUGGCUCCUGAUCCUGAGUUUGAGGCCUUUGCAGGCUGGAUGACCACUAAGCCCCAGCCACCUCAGCCACCGGUGCCUUGGGACCAAUUUGCACCUUCAGCUCUGACCUUGCUCCAGGGACUUCUGUCCCUGGACCCUGAGACCAGAAGCCCUCCACUGGCUGUCCUAGAUGUUUUAGGGGAUGACUGGGGGCUUCAGGGGAGUGGAGAGGGUUCUGGAAGCUUGGGGGGUGUGUCCUGUGAAGAUGGGGAGGAGGAAGAGGGGAAAUCAAGCUUGGAGGAGUGGACAGAUGAGGAGGAGGAGGAAAUCGAAGCUGGCGGGAGGAUGGGGACAGAUCAUUGA